AUGGAUCAAAGGAUUGCGGCUUCGAGAACGAGCGCUUUUGCUCUACAGACACUUCGUUACACUCGUGGACGUUUCGCGCUGGGAGGAGCAGCAACCUGCUGUGCACCGUUUGGACGACGGCAACGUGCUGCUGCUGCUGCCGUUCGGGUGAGACCUCGUUCGGCGCGCCUUCGGUGCGCUCAGAACGAAGGAGAACGUGACGACGAACGGCUUAUCGAGUCUGGGAAGCGUACUGAAAACACAAACGGCGCCCGAAGAACGAACGAGCACGCUGAAACUGCCCGGGAGACGCGGGCGUCGACGAGCGCAGCCGUUGCAAACCCGGGUGAAGGUGAAGCGCUGUUUCCCUGGAUCUCGAACCACGUUGACAAGGUCGUCGAUCAAGUGCCAAAACAAACUCCUAAUGAGCAGUGGGACGCACGAAUCGAGCGAGAAGUGGCUUUCAUGCGGCGAGUGAAGUUGCGGGAGACGUCGGGUCUGCCGGCGUGGAUAGUGUUCCUGUUGGACCUUGCCGACGAGUUCCGGAUGAUCGAGUGGCCCUCGCCGAAACGAACACUGCGGAUUCUUGUGAUAUCUGUCAUCUUCUUAGUCUUGUCUGUUAGUUACAUAUACGUGCUCGAUAGCGUUUUCGGCUGGCUGUCGAGCAUUUUCUUCGAAAGUUAG